AUGGAAACUACGACCAUCACCACCACGCAGACCGCAUUCACCUUUGGACUUACUGAGAGACGCGCCAGCAUCAGCCUGCACGCCCCGGCCCAGGACUGCGCCGUCCCCGCCUCGCACCCCAACCCCAGCGCCGCCGGCUACCAGAGCAAGACCAAGGUGCUGAAGAGACAGCGCUCCAGCUCGCCGGAGCUCCUGCGCUGCAAGCGGCGCCUGAGCUUCAACGGCCUCGGCUACUCCAUCCCGCAGCAGCAACCCGUGGCUGUGGCCCGGCGGAACGAAAGAGAGAGGAACCGGGUCAAACAAGUCAACAUGGGUUUCCAGACGCUGCGGCAGCAUGUGCCCAACGGCGCCGCCAACAAGAAGAUGAGCAAAGUGGAGACCCUGAGGUCUGCGGUGGAGUACAUCAGGGCUUUGCAGCAACUCUUGGACGAGCACGACGCCGUGUCGGCUGCUUUCCAGUGCGGUCUGCCAUCCCCAACACUGUCCAACAGCUACUCCGCCGACCCGGAGUCGCCUCACUCCACCUACUCGUCGGAUGAAGGCGGCUACGAGCCUCUGAGCUCCGAGGAACAGGAGCUGUUGGACUUUACGACCUGGUUCGACAGGUACUGA